AUGUCAGGCGGGGCGGCGCCACGGCCGGGCGGCCGCGCACACGGGCCAGGGGGACAGCGGUGGACACCUGGCCGGGCCUGUGCCGGGCCUCGCCGCAGACCCUGUGCCUGGACCCCCGCAGCAGACCCUGGGCCCCGACCCCGGACCCCGCCGCAGACCCUCCUCGGUCCCGGACCCCCACCCUCAGACCACCUGGGCCCCAGACCCACCUGUGCCCAGGGACCCCUGCCCCCACAGCCAACCUGUGCUCCAGAAGCCCUCUGCCCCAGGACCUCACCUGUGCCCCAGGACACCUCCACCUGCAGACCGCACCUGGGCCCCGCCACAGACCUACCUGUGCCCAGAGACCGCUGCCCGGAGACCACCUGUGUCCACAGACCCACCUGUGCCCCAGAACCCCUCACCCACAGACUCCACAGGACCUUCACCUACAGACCCCGCCUCCCCACGAUUCUCUCUGGGGCUCCUUCUAGGCAGAUCCCACCUGGGCCCUCUGUGCCUCCUCAGUGCUCAGACCUAGGCCGCAGGGACCCCUCAGCCAAAAGAGGAAAGCCCCAAUGCCCCACCUUGGUCCUGCCUGCAGAUCCCAGGCCACCUGGACUCAUCAGCUGGCCACUUCCCAGUUGCUCCAAGCCUAAGGCCUUUCCCAGCCUUAGCCCACUUUUUCAGACCCACCAUCUGGAGGGUCUCAACUCCCUCAUCCUCACCUCCAUCCCAUCCCCAAAUUUUCCAAAUCUUCACUUAAGAAUUCUAGUCUCCAGGUAG